AUGUCGCUAGAAAUAGUCAUAUUGUUAGGAUCCCCUAAUUUUGACGCCAACUGGGAGUAUGAGGUGACACGGAUGCAGCUCAGACUGGCAGGUUGGGCUGCGGCGUGGGUGCGGGGUCAGCACGGCGCCUUCCUAUCGGCCGUCAGCAAACACGGCUAUCAGCGGCGGCAGCCGGCAGCCGCCCAUUCACCUGGGGGCACCGGCUGCUCUCUAAAUAACCCGGCCCUACUCGCCGUCUGGGCGGCAGCGCCCGGCACGUCACGUGGAGAUGCAGCGCCAAGUUCGGAGUCGGGGCCGGAGGCGGGCGCGGGCCUGGGGGCGGGCGCGUUGGGCGGCGGGGGCGGCGCCGGGUCGUCCGGCGUGCCGGCGCCGCUGCUGGAGGCGCCGUCCGCGCGGCCGGUGGAGCUGGUGUUCGCGGGCGUGUGGGCGGCGGCGCGGCGCGGCGGCCGGCCCGUGCUGCGCGACGUGUCGGGGCUGGCGCGGCCGGGCGAGCUGCUGGCCGUGAUGGGGCCCUCCGGCUGCGGCAAGACGACGCUGCUCAACGUGCUGGCGGGCCGCGCGCAGCCCAGCGCCGGCCACGUGCGCCUCAACCGCGAGCGCCUCGACAAGCGCUGGAAGCGCCGCAUCUGCUACGUGCUCCAGCAGGACGUCUUCUUCCCCGAGCUCACCCUCCGACAGACGCUCGAGUUCACGGCGCGGCUGCGACUGCCGGACAGCCUGACGGACGCGCAGAAGAUGCUCUACGUGGACCACAUCCUCGAGGUGCUCGACCUCACCAGCUGCCAGGACACCAUUAUCGGCGACUACCUGAAGAGAGGCCUGUCCGGCGGGGAGAAGAAGCGGGCCAACAUCGCGUGCGAGCUGCUCACCAACCCGUCGCUGAUGCUGCUCGACGAGCCGACGUCGGGGCUGGACUCGCACUCGGCCUACAGCCUGAUGGUGAGCCUGAAGCGGUACGCCGUGUCGGAGGGCAAGACGGUGGUGGUGGCGGUGCAUCAGCCGUCGUCGCAGAUCUUCCAGCUGUUCGACAAGCUGCUGCUGCUGUGCGCCGGCCAGACCGCCUACUACGGGCCCGCGCGCGCCGUCGUCGACUUCUUCGGCGCCAUCGGCCUGCCCGUCAUGCCGCAGUACAACCCCGCCGACUUCAUCCUGGAGCAGGUGAAGGGGAGCGAGGAGAUGCGGAAGAAGAUCGUGGCAGCGAGCCGGGACGCACGCAGCUCUCCCGACUACCCGCAGGAGCUGCUGCCCGGAUUCUUCGCGACCGACGCGCGCCACCACAAGUUCCUGGCAGACGCGGGCCAGCUGCACGCCAACGCGGCGCGCGAGGACGAGGGCAAGACGCUGUGGACGGACAGCCAGUCGCACGCCUCGUCGUCGAGCAGCGGCGCAGACGACGACGGAUCGGACUGGCAGUGGCCCACCUCCUUCUGGACGCAGUUCAAGGUUCUGUCACAGCGCAACUUCCAGGAAGCACGGCCCAGAAUGCUGUCGAAGCUGAACUGGGUGCAGACAGUGGCACUGGGGGCGAUGGCAGGCCUGUUGUGGUUCCAGUUGGACAGGAAGGAAGAGGCACUUCACGACAUCCAGGGUUGGAUGUUCUUCUCCACCACCUACUGGAUGCUGUAUGCCCAUUUUGGGGCUCUCUCGUCCUUUCCACCUGAACGAGAGGUGAUCAACAAAGAGAGGCUGUCGGGAUCGUACCGGCUGUCUGCAUAUUACCUUGCCAAGAUGGUGGGAGAGCUGCCACUGACAGUCACCCUGCCCGCGGUCUACCACAUCAUCUCCUACCCCAUGCUGGGGCUGAAGUCCCCGACAGUCUUUGCCACUCUGCUUGCCUUCCUGCUGCUCAACACUGUUGUUGCUCAGAGUGUGGGCUUCUUCGUGGGAGCGUCCUGCAUGGACAUGCAGGUGUCCAUUACCAUCAGUGCUCUGUACACGCUUGCAACACAGCUUUUUGGUGGCUACCUUGCAACCAACAUCCCGUACUGGCUGUCGUGGCUGCGGUAUCUCAGCAUGGUGCACUACGCCUUCCAGAACAUGCAAAUCGUCGAGUUCUCAGGCACACCUCUACAGUGUGCUGAAGAAAAGAGCAAAUUUCCGUCGUGUGCAGCUGGUUCGUCGACUGUCUCUGUGGACGACAUCCUGGAGUCGCAAGGUGCGGGCCUGGCGUCUCUUUGGGGCAACACACUGGUGCUGCUUUUCUUCCUGGUGCUCUUCCGUACCCUCGGCUAUGUCGUGCUGCGGUACUUCCGCCGACCCAAGUGACGUGCCCUGCGGCAAACUCGAGUACUGCCCCACGUCACGUUACCAUUGAAACUCACUGACAUUUGUAAAUGUACACAUACACAUAUUAUACGAUACGCUGAAGUCUUACUGUUACCUGUGUAAUUCUGGCACUGCAGUUAUUACACGUGUAAAUGUGAUAAUGUAUCAUAUUCGAAAGAAUUGUGUUCGUUGGAGAAUGUUGCCACGGGUUACGCGUCGGAAGCAUCUGCGGUGAAGGAAUGGGUGAUUGUGUAAACUGUGAAUGGAACACUUGGGUGGAGGCCACAACAGAUAUGCAUGAGUAAGGUGCUGCUGACACACCGUUGUAGAAAGUUCCAUUUUAUCCAGAUUUUACUGUGUGCCAGAUACUGUUAAGUGUGUGCACGAUGGAUAGAAACUACCCGAGGACAUUCCGUGCUUCUCAGCAAACAGAGAGAAUGAACUCGAGUGUGAAUGUGUGUGUGUGAGAGAGAGGGAGACUGACAUGUUAAAAAUGUGUGCAGCAAAAUAAUGAGGAAAGAGGUGGAUAGUGAACCAGAUGAUAAACCUAGUCCAAUAUAAAAUACUAUUUAUAUUCAAUAAAUCUGUUAUAGAAAUUAUGAAACACAUUGUUCAUGUUUGUUUUCUACCUAUUCCUAUCUCAUAUAUUUUUGAUUAUAUCUGAAUAAAUACAUCAUUUAUUUGUGUA